AUCUGCAUUAUUCCGAGGAUGUGAUCACAGACUGCUCUUUCACUGCUUGGAGCAGGCAAAGCUGAGGCAGGGCAAAUCUCCCCCGGCAGCCGCUGCUGUCAAACGCGUAAUUGUCCGAGGCGGCGCUUUGUGGAGAGCGUCGUGCGCUCUCUGGUGGACCGUCCGCGGCAUUGUGCUCAGGCGCGGCAGGAAACAAUCAACUGCCGCUUCUGACAGGAUACAUGGGGGUCGCUGGAUGCAGCGUCUUCUCGCCUGGCACCUGUUGCUGCUGGCUCGUUACCGUCAGCGCUGGUCUGUUGAGGAUUUAACGACGCACCGGGACCAUGUCGGAGGAGGAAAGUGGCUCCAACUCCAGCCGGUACUAUUUUGGCAAUGCCUCAACUCGGGUGCAGGGCAGCUUCGUCUUCUCGGGACCCAUGUUUGUCGUCCUGAUGGUGAUGAUGGUGACUUUGGUGGUUGUGAUAGUUUUGGGCAACGCGCUGGUCAUCCUGGCGUUUAAAGUGGACAAGAGUUUGAGGAGACAGUGCAAUUACUACUUCUUGAAUUUGGCAAUAUCGGAUUUUCUUGUGGGGGCUUUCUGCAUCCCAGUCUACAUCCCUUACAUCCUCACAGGCAGGUGGACUCUGGGCCGAGGGCUGUGUAAGCUGUGGCUGGUCAUGGACUACCUGCUCUGCUCUGCGUCUGUCUUCAAUAUCGUCCUCAUCAGCUACGACCGCUUCCUGUCAGUCACCAGAGCGGUAAGUUACCGUGCCAGACAGAGCAUGACUCAUCAAGCCAUAAUCAAGAUGAUUGCUGUCUGGGUGCUGGCCUUUGUCCUGUAUGGCCCGGCGAUCAUAUUCUGGGAGCUGGUGGUGGGCAGGAGCCGCGUGCCAAAGGAUGAGUGCUUCGCGGAGUUCUAUUACUCCUGGUACUUCCUGCUGAGUGCCUCCAUGCUGGAGUUUUUCUCUCCUUUCAUCUCGGUGGCUUUCUUCAACCUCAGCAUUUACCUCAGCAUACGCAGGAGGAGGCGCCACAACAGGGAGGCCCAGCUCCACCUUCAGCUGAGCGAGCCUGCCUCUGCGCAGGGGGAAGGCAUCCCCCUGUCCCACAACUGGGGGUUAGGGAUGAAACUGGCUGUAAGAGGCUCCAUCCACUCCCAGACCUCCUCUCCCAGUCUGGGCAAACUAGAUCCCUCAACCAGCAGGUCUGCCCAGCCUAGCCGUCUGUCCAGGGAUAAGAAAAUUGCUAAGUCCCUGGCCAUCAUAGUGUGUGUGUUUGCCAUCUGCUGGGCACCGUACACCCUACUGAUGAUCAUCCGUGCUGCCUGCAGAGGGCGGUGCAUCCAGCAUCACUGGUACGAGGUCACCUUCUGGCUCCUGUGGCUCAACUCUGCUAUUAACCCAUUCCUGUACCCACUUUGCCACAGUAGCUUCCGCCGGGCCUUCAGCAAGAUUCUCUGCCCGCGGCGACAUACGACUCCCCCGUCAUCUGUGCUCCGUGCUGGCCAGUGAGGAGCAAAUGGAGUGGGGAGGACAGAACAGUGUGCCAAAACAGUGGAUGGAAAUAUUCAUAUGUAGCCCAUAAAAUUCCACAGGUUCGCAAGAAGAACCACCGUUUGUCACACAGACCGUAAUUAAUUGUUUUCAAUAGUGCUUUCCAGUGUCGCAGUGUGGGUGUGUAAGAUUGGUUCUGUGAAGUCUAACGUAAUGCACUGUUAAUCACUUCACUGUGUUCUCACAUCCGAAGCAAGCAGAAGUCUGAAUAUACCAACGAAGAUAUUAUGAAGAUUAAUAAAAAAAACAGAGUGCCAUAAGAACUGGACAAGUUUACCAUUGUGGUGUUGGUUGUUGUGUGGGGGGGAAAAAAAAACGGUGGCAGAAAAGAGUGAAACACGAUGCAGACAAUGAAAUAAUGAGACCUGCCAGCUGUGGCUCAUGUGCUGUAAGUAUCUUUAGGCAAGGGGUCAGGAAAUGCAUUCCCUCGCUUCACGGCCUCAUUCUUUGUCACACGCAUUGUUCACUUUCGUAAGCUAUGUAUUAUACAGGCGGUAGAUAAUGACUCACAGCCCCAUUUUGUAUUAGAAUUGAAUGUAUAUGCCAAACAGGGUAGAAUUUAAUUCAUCGUUCAUGCUGCUGUUCGCGUCUUGUUCUUUACGGUACGCACAAUGACAUUCAUAAAAAGACAAAGUACCGCCCCCACUGUGACUUCCCAGCUGCAGCUGAAGUAAAACAGAUCGCUGUCACCCUCUGCUGUUAGAGAGUUCAGCCUGCUCCUGAUGAUGCAGAAGCACAGUGGGAAAAAUCAUCAAGUGCCAUUAAGCAUAAAUAUGUGAAAAAUGAUGUGUGAUAAUCGAGCCGAACAUUUUCUUUUUCUCUCUUUUUUUGGGGGGAAAUUGUUUAACAAUAAAUCAGUUGUGGGUUACAUACAUGAAAAUAAUAAUAAGUCAAUAGAGCACUAACCCUGAAGCCUAACAGUCUCCAUUUGUGGGGAUCCUGGAUCCUGGAUAUGUCCCUUUAUCUGGAUGCGGACUAGAAGUUGAUGUUGUCUAAUUUGGCCUGAGAUCCAUCCUCCAUCCAAGUUUCCUGAAAAUCCGUAAAGUAGUUUUUGUAAUUUGUAAUCCUGUUGACCGAGACAGAGAAACAGACAUGGAUGAAAACACGACCUCCUUGACCAAAGUGCUUUUCAAAAGACAACAACCAGACAUGGCAGAUAAAUGAACUAGAAUUGCACUCAGUAGAGAGUGUACCUCUGCCAAGGCCCUACAGUCCCCUUUUUAAAUCCAGAUUUUUAUUUUGGUCCACAACAAAUUGUACUUACUCAGAAAUACCAGCCAUCUAAAUAUGGCAGUUUUUUUCCGUUAAAAUCCAUCCAUUAAUGAAAACAUCUUACGACACAAGAAAAAAACUGAUCAGUCCUUGUAUCCGGAUCCAGACAACUAACAAACACACACAGGCAGAAUCAUAACCCUUUUUAUUGGAAGUAAAAUAAAGGAAUGAAUUAGAAUAAAGGCUACGAAAGCAGAGGAAGCAAAACAAUAAUAUCUCCACACAGUGAGCGCAUUUACUGACACAGUCCUUCUUUAAAAAAAACAAAUGGCUUGUUUACUGUAACACGCCCAACAGUAAACAAUUUUAUUUCUCGGCUGUUAUUGCAUGUGAGUGAUCAUUGGCACUAAGACGCCUGACAGCAGUACCACAGUCACCCUUCUUCUUCCUCACCAGAGACAGAGAGGAGUGAUCUGUUUACAACCACUGCCCAAAUAUACUGUUUCUGUGAUCAGCGGGUGUAUGUUUACUUCUGCUCCACUAGAUGUCACCAUUAACCUUCACAGCUUUACGUGUGUGCAGCGCCUGAGGAUUAAGCUCCAGUUCAUCAUGGAGGGGAGACAGUGUGUGAGAUUGGCCACAGUUUUCCAUUAAAUGUUUGACUUCA